CCACCCUCCACCUCUCUCUAAAAAUCCAGAGGCUUCGCCCCUCAUCUCGAGCCUUUCGGCCAAUUCCCCAAUCGGACCAAACCCUAGAAGCCAUAGAUUCGAUCGGAGAUUUGGCAUGGAAAUGUCAGAUCCCACAGCCGCCGUGAUCCCCAAGCCCGACGGCGGCGACGACGAGUCGGUGGAGAUCCGGGAGGUGUGGGCGGACAACCUCGAGGAGGAGUUCGCGCUCAUCCGCGACGUCGUCGACGAGUUCCCCUUCGUCGCGAUGGACACGGAGUUCCCGGGCAUUGUCUGCCGCCCCGUCGGCGCCUUCCGCUCCCCGGCGGACUACAACUACGCCACCCUCAAGGCCAACGUCGACAUGCUCCACCUCAUCCAGCUCGGCCUCACCUUCUCCGGCCCGCGUGGCGAGCUGCCGGCACUCGGCGCCGACCGCCGCCGCUGCGUCUGGCAGUUCAACUUCCGCGAGUUCGACGACGCGCGCGACAUCUUCGCAUCCGACUCCAUCGAGCUGCUCCGUCGUAGCGGCAUCGACUUCCGCCGCAAUGCCGAGCGCGGCGUCGAUGCACGGCGGUUCGCGGAGCUCCUCAUGUCCUCCGGCGUUGUGCUCAACGAUUCGGUAUACUGGGUUACCUUCCACGCGGGAUACGACUUCGGCUAUCUGCUGAAGAUCCUCACCUGCAACAGUCUACCAGACACGCAAGCCGGAUUCUUCAAGCUGAUGAAGAUAUAUUUCCCAACCGUGUACGACAUCAAGCACCUCAUGAAGUUCUGCAACAGCUUGCACGGUGGGCUGAAUAAGCUCGCUGAACUGCUCGAUGUGGAGCGUGUUGGGGAGUCCCACCAGGCUGGGUCUGAUAGCCUGGUCACAUCCUGCGCGUUCUGGAAGCUCAAGGAUUCAUUCUUCGCCGGCUCAACAGAGAAAUAUGCAGGCGUGCUGUAUGGGCUCAAUGCAGAGAAUGGUGUUAGUGCACACUGAGGGAUGGUACUCUCUUUGAAUUUUAGCAUUGUGAAUGGAUUGAUUUAGGGCGGAAAAGGUGACAAGUGUGGAAGAGGGCGCAGUUAAAACCAAUUCUGUAGGUUAAGUCUGUCUUGCUCAGUUCCACCUCAUUUGGAUGUAAUGCCAAUGUAGUGUUCUUCAGUUACUCCUUGUUGAAAUAGUUAUUUCUCUUUCAGCUUUCA